UCGCUCAUCAAGUACGCAGACUGACUGACAAGCAGGAACACAUUGGAGUAAUUGAUUGAAUACCAAUGCACCCCAUUUGAAAGAGGCACCAGCCUGAACUACUCCUCUUUUUGUCCCUUGCAACUCGUGUUCGGUGAUUUUUGAAUGGAUCCGUUAGUGCGGAACCGGACCAGUACAUAUAUUUUCUAGAUCAAAAAAUAAUUGUAAACAAUUUUACAAUACAUGAAUACAAGUACCAAUAGAAACUAAAAGUAAAUUAAAGUACAAUACAUAUACAAAUAUUAAUUAAAACAUGAAACCACUACGGAGAAGACUGGAACCUUUUUAUCAAGUCGGGUCAGGUCGGACGCUUUUUACUGAAACACAGCGAAACACGGAAGUAGAGCGUUGCUAGUCUGUUUCUUCUGGUGGUUUUGCCUUAUUUCUCACGUAAAUCUUGAUUUAAGAAAAACAAUGGCAGUGAGUGCGGUUCACCUGGAGUCUGACGCCUUUCUGGUGUGCAUGAAUCACGCAUUGAGUACCGAGAAAGAAGAAGUGAUGGGUUUAUGCAUCGGAGAGGUAGAAUCGACAAGGAUCGUCCACAUUCACUCUGUCAUCAUCCUCCGCCGCUCUGACAAGAGGAAAGACCGAGUGGAGAUCUCCCCGGAGCAGUUGUCCGCCGCCUCCACAGAGGCUGAGCGUCUGGCCGAUAUGACAAGCAGACCGAUGCGGGUGGUCGGCUGGUACCACUCCCAUCCACACAUCACUGUGUGGCCCUCGCACGUCGACGUCCGCACUCAGGCUAUGUACCAAAUGCUGGACCAGGGAUUCGUAGGUCUCAUCUUUUCCUGCUUCAUUGAGGACAAGAACACCAAGACGGGCCGAGUGCUGUACACUUGUUUCCAGUCGGUUCAAGCCCAAAAGGGCUCCGAGUACGAGCGUGUGGAGAUUCCUAUCCACGUUGUCCCGCGGGAGGCCAUCGGUAAAGUGUGCCUAGAGUCGGCGGUGGAGCUGCCGCGGAUCCUCUGUCAAGAGGAACAAGAUACAUAUCGCAAGAUCCACAGCCUGGCCCACUUGGACCCUGUGACGAAGAUCCACAACGGGUCAGUGUUCACAAAGAACCUGUGCAGCCAGAUGUCAGCGGUGAGCGGACCACUGCUGCAAUGGCUAGAGGACCGACUGGAGCAGAACAAGCAGAGCAUCGUGGAGCUCCAGCGGGAGAAGGAGAGACUGACGCUGGAGCUGAGUGCUCCCUGAGUUGGAAAAGGAACUCUGGGGGCAUCUGCUGGUGUUGUAGGCAAGACAUUGUUUUGACAGCAAUAUUCAGACACAACAUUGAAGUAUAUGUGGCCAUUUAGUUUUAAAUGUCUUUGUUAUGUGUCUGUACCUCCACCUCUUUCGGUUUUUGUUGAGGUUCUGCCUUAUGUUUAUCUUCACCUUCUCCUACUUAUCCCAGUGGUGUCUAUAGUGCAGCCCGAGGGCCAUUUGUGGUCCAUUGCGCAUUGUAGAAAUCUUUUUUUUUUUUAAAGCAACACAAAACUAGCAAUAGUGCCAAAAGUCACAAUGUAGGGAGAAAAUGUUGAAAUGACUUCAAAUAUACAAUUUCAUUUUUUUUUUUUUACAAAAUUAAAAAAAUAAGAUACCCAAAUGCCCAUCCUUUGAUUUUUUUUUUCCACAUGUGGUCCUCAGAGGAAAAAAAAUCCCCAGAAUUACUGUUCAGCGGUGGUGUCGAAAUUGCAGUCCGGGGGCCAUUUAUAGCCCGCAGCUAAAUUUUUAUUGGCCCGCAACAUUGUAUGGCUUUUUUUGGACAUGCUUAACAGGUUACAAAAGGAAUGUCCUGUGAGUAUAAUUGCAACAUGUCGGAAAAGAAUGAGGAAGAAGCAGAGCUUAUUUAAUUGUACCCCUUCUCCAUACCUAUUCGGGAUGAAAUUGAGAAAUCGAGAUCUUGAUUCACAUUAAACUGUAAUGGCUGACGCGUCCGCCUCACUUUCCCUGUCCCCAGCAGGCCUCGCUGGCCAGGGCGAGUUGGCUCCGCGGCCCUGGUGCUACCCACUUACGGCAGGAGUGAUUUGCAUGAAUUGACCGUCUUUAUUACAUGCAUGAAUGUACUGUCCAGUGAGCGAGUGUGCCAUGUUUUUGACUUGAUGGAUUAUGUUCAGUCUUUAUGUUCGGACAAAUGACAAACAUGUCCUUGUAGAUAUUGUAUAAUGUACAUGAAGAAAAUAAAAUUAACAUGUCAAAUCAGGUUUUUGU